AUGGAAUCGUUUUUAGAUACAAAACAAAGUAAUGUAUCUUUGAUUGGCGGAGGAUCGUUAACCUGUCACUCUUGUAAACAUGUAUGCAGUGAUGUUUGGAAUCUACUAAAACAUGUAUUUAUUGCCCAUGGCCUUCGUAUUUGUGAGGAAGAGAUGCCGUGUAUGUCUCGGAUGGGACUACCAAAAUCGACAGUAAUUACUUCAUCGUUAUCUUCAUCAUCAUCAUCAUCAUUAUUAACACCGAAAACAUCAAUGCAUCCACCGUCUCUCACAUUUGCAUCACCCUUCAACGCUUCCACUACAAAAAGCAAACUAAACGGUAAAGGUGGCUUCAGUUUGAAUGCAUUUUGCUCUGAACGGUUAAAAGAGAUCGCUGAAAAAGCAGGAGAACCGUUGACUGAUUUACGUCAUGUAGUAAGCCCAACCGUGAUAUCGUCUAGAACUAAUGAACACCUAAAAACUAGCACCAUUAAAAGAACACAACAAUCAGAGAAUACCGAUGAUGAGCAUUCAAGUAAUGGCAUCGCAUCAACGACUGCUUCAACUGCACCAUUUCUUCCCGGUUCAGCUCUCAAUAAUGUUUCCAGUUCACUUACUGCUGCCACAUUAGCUGCAGUUGCUUUACAACAACAACAACAACAACAACAACAACAACAACAACAACAACAACAACAACAACAACAUCCAUCCUUGCAGAAUUUAUGGAUGCAACCAAAUAUACCCAAUAUGCUGGCCCUAAUGCAGGAAUAUUAUGCACAAUUCUCAUUGAAUAAUGCUGCAUCUUAUUUGCUUGGUGCUGGUAGUCCGUCAGUUACUCCCGCAAACAGCAAUGGGAGUGCUUUUAAUGCGAUCACCAAAAUCACAAGUAGUCCUGAAGAACCGUCACCUGUGGCACCAAAUUCGGCAGCACAAUCACUUGGAUUAGCUGGUUUUGGUAGGGCCGAUACCGCAACGCAAGAUCAACUUUCUAGUCCAGCUGUAAAGCAAGGGCCUUGGAAUGGUUUAGGGACAUUUGGGUGCAAAAGACAACGGUUGUUCAAUAAUGGUUCGGAAACGUUGUCACCAUCUGGAGCUCCGUUGCAUAGUAAAAUGUCAAGGAUGGAUGAUGAGAGCAAUGAGGAUACAAAGUCGACUCUGUUAAAUGUUGUGGACAGCGAUGAUUUAGCAUUCGCUGAGCCAGCAGCACGUCGUGAUACAAAUGCUAAAAAGGAUCGCUGCACAUUUUGUUGCAAAGUUUUCACGAAUCGUUCCAAUCUGAUUGUCCAUUUGCGAAGUCAUACUGGAGAAAAGCCAUACAAAUGUCGUCUGUGUUCGUAUGCUUGCGCACAAAGUAGUAAAUUAACUCGGCAUAUGCGAACUCAUGGCCAACAAGGAAAGGAAACUUAUCAUUGCAACAUUUGUCAAAUGCCAUUUUCGGUACAUUCAACACUCGAGAAACAUAUGCGGAAAUGUGUUGUUGCAAAUAAUCAUAAUCGUGAAAACAAUCAACAAUUUUCUCCCACUGAAGCAACAAGCACAAUAGACAGUCCGAACAAAGUAACGGCUGCAGCAGCAUCAACACUUGCUGAUGCAACAUCACUCCUUGCAUUUUCCAGUGUGUCUUUAAAUGGUUCGCAGUUACCAACAAAUAUCACUCAGAGCAAUAAAAUCGUCCUUAACUGGUUACAGGCAAUGAAUGUUAAUCGAAAUCCAACUCCAACACCAACAAGUGGUGCUGGUAUUGGUCCUGGUGAUGGACAUCGUAUUAGUAAUAAUGGCAUAGUGCUUCCUACAGGGAAGGAAGACAACAGGGGUAUAGGUGGUGCUGCUGGAGGUGUUGAGGAUGAAGAAAUGAUAGUUGAAGAAUGUGAAUCAUUUUCUGAUAUGCAAAAAACUCUUCUGAAACAGGAGACUGCCGCAUUGUCAUCAUGA